AAACCAUAACAGAAAAACCAUUUUAUUUUAUUUUAUUUUAAUUUUAAUUUUAAACAACAAGUAGCUAGCUUAUUAUAGCCAUGGUGUUUUCUUGGAGGCUAAUCACCAGACAAGACAAUUACAGGCAAAAAGUUAAAAUCAAGAUUAUUGUCGGUGGAAAAUGGAGAGUAAUCGAGUGCAAACUUGAAAUCAAGUGACAACAGAUCUUCAAAUCUAAUGGCUGUACGCAUCAACAACACUAACUAAUAUUUAUUUAUAUCCAACAAAGAGAGAGAGAGAGACCCACUUCGUCCUUUCGACUAAUCACUAAUGGGUCCAUCACCUGCUGCAGCUCCUUUUUUGCUUGGAGGAUGAGCUUCUGCUGAUACUGAUUUUGGACUUUCAGGCCCUAACUUAAUUUCUUGAUUGCUGAUCAUCUGAAGGUAAAGCUUGAUCAAAGUAAUUUUGAAGUUCUGAUUUUGAAGCUUAAAGACAACUUAACAAUGGGGUGUGAGUUUUCUAGACUCUGCUUGUGUUGCUGUGUUACAGAACCAAAUGGAGUGAUUGCCGAAUCCCAUAAUGUCGAAGAGACAGGUGAGGGAAGUGAUUUGUCUUCAUUUCGCGAGUUCUCCAUUGACCAACUUAAGAUGGCUACCAUGGGUUUUUCUGUGGAGAAUAUCGUCUCUGAACAUGGAGAGAAAGCCCCUAAUGUGGUUUAUAAAGGGGAAUUGCAAAACCAAAAACGGGUUGCCAUCAAACGGUUUGAUAGAGCUGCAUGGCCCGACUCCAGACAGUUCUUGGAAGAAGCAAGAGCAGUUGGUCAGCUUAGAAACCCAAGAUUGGCUAACCUACUUGGAUGUUGUUGUGAAGGUGAUGAAAGACUACUUGUAGCUGAGUUUUUGCCACAUGAAACACUUGCAAAGCACUUGUUUCAUUGGGAAACACAACCUAUGAAAUGGGCAAUGCGAUUACGGGUGGCGUUAUAUCUUGCAGAGGCUCUAGAAUAUUGCACAAGUAAUGGGCGUGCUCUUUACCAUGAUCUCCACGCCUAUAGAAUAGUCUUCGAUGAUGAUGCUAACCCUAGACUCUCGUGCUUUGGAUUGAUGAAGAACAGUAGAGAUGGGAAGAGUUAUAGUACAAAUUUGGCAUUCACCCCUCCCGAGUAUCUGAGGACUGGGAGGGUGACACCAGAAAGCGUGAUGUACAGUUUUGGCGCCCUUCUGCUUGACCUUUUAAGCGGAAAACACAUUCCUCCUAGCCAUGCUCUUGACCUAAUAAGGGACAGGAACCUUCAAAUGCUUACAGACUCUUGCUUGGAAGGACAAUUUUCUAAUGAAGAUGGAACCGAGUUGGUACGCUUGGCUUCAAGAUGCUUACAAUACGAGCCACGUGAUCGCCCAAAUCCAUCCUUAUUAGUUACUGCUUUAACCCCUCUCCAAAAGGAAACCGAGGUGCCUUCUCAUGUAUUAAUGGGUAUAACACAAGGUGGACCCACUACGCCUACGACCCCACUUGGUGAUGCCUGCUUAAAAAUGGAUUUGACUGCUAUACAUGAAAUCUUGGAAAAUUUAGCCUACAAAGAUGAUGAGGGAACAGCAACCGAGCUCUCAUUCCAUAUGUGGACAAAUCAGAUGCAAGACACAAUAAACUCCAAGAAAAAAGGGGAUGUGGCUUUUCGCCAUAAAGAGUUCAAAGCCGCAAUAGAAUACUACACACAGUUCAUUGAUGUAGGAACCAUGGUCUCGCCAACAGUCUAUGCACGCCGAAGCCUAUCACAUCUCAUGAAUGAUAAUCCACAAGAGGCACUUAAUGAUGCUGUCCAAGCACACGUUAUAUCCCCAAGUUGGCAUAUUGCUUCUUACUUACAAGCUGUUGCUCUUUUCGCUCUGGGGAGGGAAAACGAAGCACAAGUUGCUCUCAAAGAAGGCUCAGUUCUUGAAGAGAAAAAAAACGUCACUUAAUCGUGUCGAAGCAAUAAUAAAAGAAUAAAAAGAAAACGUUCAAUAUCUCCCUUGAUCUCCUUGGUCCUUACCCUUUACAGCAUUGAAAAAACCAUCAAAAGGGGAUUUUAAAAAACUGGCUUUUUGACAUAAAAGUUGUCAUUUUUAUGUGAAUAGAGAAUCUUGAUAACAGUAAAGGCAUAAGUUUGUAGUUUUGCUUUGCUUGUAUAGUUUUUGUUGCUUUCUUAAAAACAUUGUCUAGAGUGGUGAAUGACAUCUUUACCCUUGGUAUCAGGUAAGUUUUCACAGUAAUCUCGGGUCGGUGGGGAGGGAGUCAACUGGAAUUCACAUCCUUGCUGGAUGCUGAUUGUAGACGUUUGGUGUGCAGUGCUGUAAUCUACCAACAGUUGAUAAUAUUGGUUUGUUAAAACUCA